AUGGCCGGACCGGGACACAAGAUGAAGGUGCUAUCGCUCUACAAACAGUUGCUGCGUGCGUCACAGAAGUUUGAUUCGUACAACUAUCGCAUGUACGCACUGCGUCGGAUUCGAGAUGCAUUUAGAGAAAACAAAGCACUGACCGAUAGCACCACCAUUGCCAGUGAGCUAUCGUACGCACAGAAAAAUCUCGAAAUCAUCAAACGGCAGACUAUAGUUGGACAAUUGUAUGGAGCCCCGGAUAAGCUAGUGAUAGAGAAAUGA